CACAGAGCUCUUCUCUCACCUCCUAUAUCUGGAGGUCUUGGAGCUUGGAGGAGAGAGAUUCAGGACAAUCUUUCAGCCCAACAAUGCAAUGUGUGCGUCUAUACGCAUCAAAAUCUGCGUCACAUUGACUGGUUCGAUUUGAUGUGGUGUUCUGCUUGUCUCUCAUGUCUGCAAACAUGAAGAGAGAAAAUAUGGUCACCUCCAAUGUUAGAGAGAUUCCUGGAAGAAUAACACGUGCUCGAGCUGCUGCACUUCAUACAUCUGGACAAAUGCCCCCAAUAAAACCACCCACACAACAGAGCCAGAAGCAGGCUGUGCGAACAAAUCCAAAAAGAGCUGCCACGGAUGAGAACAGUACAAAAGCUGCUGGUAAUGCAUGUAUGCAACGUAAGAGGAGGGCUGUGCUUCAGGAUGUGACCAAUGCUUGCUGUAAACCUUCAUAUGGGAGCUGCUUCAAUGCAACUAAAAUUCAGGUUAAGAACAGCAAGCCAGCUAAAAAGGGUCAGGCAAAGCUGACGAAAAUGGUCCCUUCUGUUGCAGUAGAUUCAAAAACGGAGGCUGUGCAGGGAAUUGUAAAACCAGAACUAACAUCCGACUUACAUUCAAUUAAUUUGGAAGAUGGAAACAUGCUUAUGUGGUCAACUAAGGAUGUGAAAGAUGUUCAUCAGUCAGAAAAUCAGAGUUCUGGAUCUGGAGUGGCUUCAAAAGUCCAAAGCCCUUCAAAUAAAGCACAUGAUGGUAGCCUUUCAGUGGACAUGGUUACAUCGAGCAACCAACAUAUUGUUAACAUUGAUGCAGAUUACAAGGAUCCUCAAUUGUGUAGCCUCUAUGCCCCUGAUAUCUACAACCAUUUACGUGUUGCAGAGCUUGACCGAAGGCCAAAUGCUACUUUUAUGGAAACAAUACAGCAAGAUAUCACCAAAAGUAUGAGAGGGAUUUUAAUUGAUUGGCUUGUAGAGGUGUCAGAGGAAUAUAAGUUGGUGGCUGAUACGCUUUACCUCACAGUCUAUCUCAUCGAUUGGUUUCUCUGUCAUAAUUACACUGAAAGGACUAGACUUCAAUUGCUUGGCAUCACUUGCAUGCUAAUUGCCUCGAAAUAUGAAGAAAUUUGUGCACCGCGUGUGGAAGAACUUUGUUUCAUGACAGACAACACUUACUCAAAAGAGGAGGUAUUGAAAAUGGAGAGUCAAGUAUUGAAGUAUUUUGGCUUUCAACUUUUUGCACCAACAACUAAAACUUUCCUCAGGAGAUUUCUUCGAGCAGCACAAGCUUCUUAUAAGACUCCUAGCCUUGAACUGGAGUACUUGGCCAAUUAUCUUGCUGAACUAACUUUGGUUGACUAUAGCUUCUUGAAUUUCCUUCCUUCCGUCGUUGCUGCAUCAGCUGUUUUUCUUUCCAAAUGGACCUUAGAUCAGUCCAGCCAUCCAUGGAAUCCAAUACUAGAACACUAUACCCGUUACACGCCAUUGGAUUUGAAGAUCACGGUUCUUGCUCUGCAAGAUUUACAGUUGAACACCAAUGGUUGUCCUCUGAGUGCUGUACGCAUGAAGUAUAGGCACCAAAAGUUUAAAUCCGUAGCGGGUUUGUCAUCCCCAAAACUCCUUGAAACACUAUUUUGAAGAUGAUUUCAAGUGACAGCUAACAGAGACUGAGACAUGUACACUUUCCGGACAGAAGUUACCUCUGGAUUUUGUCAAUCACUCCAUGAGGUUGUACUUGAUGUGCCACCUUAAUCCUGUCUCCAUUCCAUUUAUAUUCAUUUUGUCCAAUUUCUUAAUUCUUGUUUAUAGAUUUUCUGACCUGGUUUUGUGCUUGAUCAAACCUGUGUCUUUGUAAAAUUGACCUAGGGAUGUCUGGCCACUUAAGUAUUAAACUUGGUUACAUGAAUUGUUAAUAGUCAUUAUGUUCAGUUUAAACUAGCUCUUAAUCAGGCCCUGACCACAAUUUAAUUAAGUUGUAAUGAGUGAAAUGUAACUUUUUCCA